UCCCCGCGGCCAGGACAAAGCCAUGAAGCCGGCGCUGCUGGAAGUGAUGAGGAUGAACAGAAUUUGCCGGAUGGUGCUGGCCACUUGCUUGGGAUCCUUUAUCUUGGUCAUCUUCUAUUUCCAAAGUAUGUUGCACCCAGUCAUGCGGAGGAAUCCCUUCGGUAUGGACAUCUGCUGCCGGAAGGGAUCUCGAAGUCCCCUACAGGAACUCUACAACCCCAUCCAGCUGGAGCUGUCCAACACUGCCAUCCUGCACCAGAUGAGACGGGACCAAGUGACAGACACCUGCCGGGCCAACAGUGCCAUGAGCCGAAAGCGCAGGGUGCUGACCCCUAAUGACCUGAAGCACCUGGUGGUGGAUGAGGACCAUGAACUCAUCUACUGCUAUGUGCCCAAGGUGGCGUGUACCAACUGGAAGAGGCUCAUGAUGGUCCUGAGCGGCCGGGGCAAGUACAGCGAUCCCAUGGAGAUCCCAGCCAAUGAGGCCCAUGUGUCGGCCAAUCUGAAGACCCUCAACCAGUACAGCAUCCCAGAGAUCAACCACCGCUUGAAAAGCUACAUGAAGUUCCUGUUUGUGCGGGAGCCCUUCGAGAGGCUAGUGUCAGCCUACCGCAAUAAGUUCACACAGAAGUACAACACCUCCUUCCACAAGCGCUACGGCACCAAGAUCAUCCGUCGGCAGCGGAAGAACGCCACCCAGGAGGCCCUGCGCAAGGGGGACGAUGUCAAGUUCGAGGAGUUCGUGGCCUACCUCAUCGACCCCCACACGCAGCGGGAGGAGCCUUUCAAUGAGCACUGGCAGACCGUCUACUCCCUCUGCCACCCUUGCCACAUCCACUACGACCUCGUGGGCAAGUAUGAGACGCUGGAGGAGGACUCCAAUUACGUGCUGCAGCUGGCGGGAGUGAGCGGCUACCUGAAGUUCCCCACCUAUGCAAAGUCCACCCGAACUACCGAUGAGAUGACCACAGAGUUCUUCCAGAACAUCAGCGCCGAGCACCAGACACAGCUGUACGAAGUCUAUAAACUGGACUUUUUAAUGUUCAAUUACUCAGUGCCAAACUACCUGAAGUUGGAAUAAAGGGGUGUGGGGGUGGUUGGGGUGAGGGAGAGAAUCCUGCUUUUUAAUUUAAGAUUUUUAUUUGUCAAAAGAGUUCUAUGGAUACUGGGUUAUUUUGUAAGUUAAUAUGUCUUUGGGGGGGAUGCUGCGAGCGGCAUAGUAAGAAUUAUUUAAAUCAUCCAUAGGAAAAGACAGCUGUCUUUGCAGGGGAGCAGGGUGGAUCAUCCCUGAUUUAUAGAAGUGGAAACUGUAACACCGUCACCAAGGUGUCCUUGUGUUCUGGUGAAUUCCACAAACUAUGCGUCCCAUAAAGUCUAAGGAUUCUUAUUUAUAGUUAUUUAAACGUGGUCUCUGUAUAGGUUUCUUUUUGUGGCAGGAGAGUGCUCACGUCUUUCUAGAAGAAAAUUUGGCCUGUGCUUUGCUGCCUAUGGCUUGUUUAUGGAUGUGAUUGUUUUCCCACUGACCUCUCAAGGAGUCACAUGGUGAUAGCUGCUGGGAUGUGUGGAUGCCAUUCAAGAAACCCUGCUAGAAAUCAGUAAAUUGUCCUUGCACUAAGAAACGAGGGUGGGAAUGGUUCACACUGAUUGCUAGCAACCCCAAAGUCCAUUGCAGUAAUGAAAUGCAUUUUUGUAACCCAGGAGAGAGUGUAUGAUAGCAAUUUCUGUUCACCAAAAUUAACAGUCUAUAAGAACAGGCUUUUGGGGGAAAUUUUUAACUGGCACCUGCCAGUUCUAGUGAAGGCAGAAUAACUGUUGCUUUAUAUUUGAUAAAUAUUUAUUGAUCAUCUACUAUUUUCCAGGCUUGACUGCAGGUAGAACAUUGAGUGAACCCAGUAGCCUUGGCCCUCAGCAAGCUUUAUGUGAACACAGGACCUGCAGCUCAACAAUGAACCAGCCCUAUCCUUGUGGUCUUCAUGUGGGGUUUUGACUAUUCUCAAGUGGCCCAGAGAGUCCAUGACCCUAGAAAAUUUGCAUUUUUCUACAGCUCAAAUUUGAAAACCACACAUUUGGAUCAGUCACCUUAACUAGCUCAGUGACUUAAGUUCAUUGCCCAACACAAGAAAUGGCAGAAACCUUAUUGAUCAUGUAUGUCUACUGCACUAUCUUGGUAGUAGAUGCCUGUAAGCCUCAGUAUUCUUCAGACACAAAUCGAGGAGUGUGGUGAUUGAUUAGUGAUGUCUGCCUUGGGUAAAGGAAGGGGAACAUUUUUCAAGUGCCUCCUACUGUGGUCGCCAGUACACCUCUUCUCCUGCCUGCCAUGUAAAAGAGUGUACUGCAUAUGUUUGGAGAUUUGCAAAGAUCAGGCAUGAAGGUCAAAGGUGGACUGUUGGUACCCACAGGCACGUGCACACCCUCCCAUGUCCUGCAUUGGCAGAGCAUCCAGGACAGCCACCCAGAAUCUUAACCCAUGCUCCCUCUCAUCCAGAACACUGGAAACCGGUGUUUCCUGUUCUUGCUGAUCAACACCCAGACCUAGUCCUCAUUUCUAGUCAUUUCUGAGGCUUCUCAGUUGACAUUUGAGCCACACUCCCAUUACAGCCAGUGUGCAGGUGGGUAGGAGAUGCUGUAUAUAAUAGUUCUAAUGAUAGGGGAGGGAGUGGGUGUACAUUUUGCUUUCUGUAUUUUAGUUGGUUUUGUUUGUUUGUUUUGUUUUGAUGCAGUACAGAGUGAAGGGGUGAGAGUAUUCUGAAAAACAAAAAAAUGAAUAAUUUAUUCACAGAAACUAUUAAAAUGGUAUUGUUAGGCUCACAUCGAGCCUGAGAGCAGCAUCUGCUGCUCUGUCUCAUUGAGGAAAUUAUUUUAUUUAAUAUGAGCCAGAGUGGCUGGCUGCGCUAUUUAUAAAACGCAGGUACCUUCCCCAGUUUCUCUCCCCUUGCCUUUGAUAGAUAGUUUUAUGUCAUGUGUUUGACCAAGAGCAGUGACAGACUUUGGCUGUCCCUGGAAUAGGGAGGGGGCCCUGUCCUCAGAAACUGGCCUUCUGCUGAUGUGGCAGUCUGUGGUGUUGCUGAUACGGCUCUGUAGGGCAUCAGUUUGGAGAGGUUUGUGGUCACAUAUCUUAGGAAACAAAAUUAAGUCAGGUUCCUCUCUGCAGGACUUUUCAGAGCCUUCAAUACAUUGUCUGCCUUGUGAAUCUGGGAGAAUGCAGCAUUUCCGGGCUGCAUGACCUGGGUGUCCUGUAUAGCAGAUGUGUCUUAGCCGGCAUUUCACACAGUAGCCUUCAGUGAGGGUGAUCUAGCCUGUCUGAGGUCUGCAAAGAUUAGCAACUGCCUCCUAGACCCUCCACAAACAAACCAGUGAAACAGCACCACAGCGUCUGUCUGGGAACUUUAUGGAAUGAAUUACACUUUACCUAAGUGGGAGGCUCCAUCUGGAUGCUGCCCCAGACAGUCAUUCUGUCCCUCCAAACACGGGAGAGACAUCUUGGGUGUUGUGGGGGGGAGGUGGCAUAAGGACACAAAAAUAGCCCCCACUUCCUGGCCUUAAAGGCCACUCCUUGGGGAUGAUGGCCUCGUGACAAAGACUUCUCACCUCCACCCACAGUUUGGAACCAUGUGCUUCGGGGUUUUAAAUGGAAAUUCAUGUUGAUUUCCAUGUUUUGCAUUUCUGUUUGUCUUUCAUCUGUGGUACAGUGCUGUGUACAGAUGGUAGUUACUCCAUUUCUCUCUCUAAAGUGAGAAAGAUUGUCCUUUAGGGAACCAUGCAUCAUCACUAUGCUUCUGGAAUGAGGGACUCUUUCUCAUGUUUUGUGUUCACGUUUUAUUUUCUAUUGACAAUUUUUAAAAUAUGUAUUGGUUCAACUGUUUUGUAGACUGUAUAAAGUAUUCUGUGUCCCUGGCUAAAGAUGUCCAUUGGUGACGUGUGCUUGAAAAUCCGAGCGUUUUCCACGGGAAAAUGUUGAAAUGACUUUCUCUUGCAUGCCUGUCAUGCUUAGCUAGGAAAAGGAGCUGCCGGUAUCCCGGCUCUGAGCCACUGUUCAAAGGUGCAGCUGUGUUUUUAGGACCAGGUACAGUCAAGUAGAAUGACAAGGACAUGACUACUUAGCUGCCUCUUUCUUGGAAAUGUCUAGAAUAUCAGCCACAGGGGUCCCUGCCUACAGCCUCUCCAGCCUCCCCUGCCUCAGUGCCCCUCUCAGCUGGUCUGAGAGACAGGGCAGCCCGUUGAACAGGUCUCAGACAGGCCACCUGCCCCCAAGGGUAAGCCUUUUCUCUCCUGCUUGUUCAGCCAGAAGGAGAACUGUGGGAACCAGAAACCUCACUCUGGCCAGCCCUCUGGAGCACACAAGAGUAGCCCAGGCUCUGAGAGAGCUCCCGGACAUUAUGCAAAGCCCAAGGAUGCUUAGCUCAUAUGAUAACAAUUGCAUUACUGUCCUGCUUCAACUGACAAAGCCACAGAGAUUAUGCUUGCUUCCCUACUCGCUUCCUCUGCCCAGUCCGCCUCCCUACACACACAUGCACACAUAGAUGUACACACACAUACAUGUGCACGCGAACACAUGCACAGUAGAUGUGCACACACACAUACACAAAUCACCCCAGCCUGUGUGCUCCUGGCCCACCUCUCCGUCAGCAGGACUGACUCGUCACUCCCCCAGGUUCUGCCCACCAGCAUCCCCAGCUUUUCCCAUCCACAGCUAAACAGACCCUCGGAAUAGGCAACAGGGCCUUCUAGAACCAGCUGGACCCUUGGACAGCAGCAGGCAAAUUUUGGUCUGCUCUCAUCAGGUACAAAAGGCAGUAUCUGUAUUCUCUUCUGAGCAUGCUCAGUAAGGCAUAUGGACAUAGAAUUUAACAUCUUUGUGGAGUGUGUGUUUUUUACAUAUUUGUAUGCAGUCGAGGGCCUGUUGUAGAAUUCUCUCCCUGUAUCUUACUAUACUGUUAAAGAAGUUGAAUUCCAUGUUGCCAACAGACGCGUGAAAUGUUCCCGAACCUUCCUCCAGGAAAAGCCAUUCAAGCCUGAUUAUUUUUCUAAGUAACUUCAAUUAAA